AUGCAAAUAACGAUAUCCCCGUCGACUGAAUGUCUCAUUCCAAGCCUACGAACCUAUCUUGAUGCCGAUUUAAACGAUCCACCAAUUUUUGCAACAAAUCAUUCUCUCGUUUUUCGUGCAAACUCUCAACGUUUUCGUAGUAUUGUUGCUAUAAAAAUUAUCAAUCGCAAAGCUUUACCACAACACGUUGCUGAAAAAUUUCUGACUCGAGAGCUAGACGUCACUAGAAAGGUUAGACAUCCUCAUCUUCUCAAAUGUUUGUUAAUCAACUCUUCUUCGCCAUCAAAAAUCGUGAUUGUUUCGGAAUAUUGUGCUCGCGGGACACUUUUGCAAAUGAUUCUCACGGAAGGAAAUAUUAAAGAAACACCGACUGGAGCGCGGCUGUUCAGGCAGCUCAUCGAAGCAGUGCAGUAUUUACAUGCGAGAGGUGUUAUACACAGGGACAUCAAGCUUGAGAACAUCUUUCUUGAUGCAAACGGCGACCUUAAAUUGGGCGAUUUCGGUUUUUCUCGACAAUUUGAGAAGGGACAAAGAUCGACUUCUUUCUGCGGCACGCGUCCCUAUUCGGCUCCUCAAGUUGUCACAUAUCAGCCCUAUGAUGGUUAUGCAGCAGAUUGGUAUUCCGUCGGAAUUGUACUCUACACAAUGAUUGUUGGAAAUUGGCCAAAGGAACCGAAAUUGAAUGUUGCUCUAAAUUUCCCGCCUGAUUCGCCAACGCAUGCUUGUCGCCGUUUAAUUGCUCGUCUAUUAGAUGAUGAUGAGAAUCGUCGUGCCGGAUUUGAAGAGUGUCUUUAUUCUGAAUGGCUAGCACCUCAAUCGAAUUGGAUGUUCGCCGACGCCAACUUUGCCUACACAGUUCUUCAGCACACU